CGACAUUUCUUGAUCGAGUCGACGAACGGGGAAGGUGUGCAAACAAACGUAAACAAAUGGAAUGUGAGCGCGUGUGCCCAAAUCCGGCCGGCCCUCUACGAUGUGUGGAAUAUUUUGCUACAUCUGCCUUACCAACAACUCCGCUGAUGGUGAAGAAACAUUGCAAUCGUGUAGAAACGUUCUGAAAAACCGGGGCCCCAACCAUGAGUCCACAGUGUGGCAUGAAUCGAGGGUACUCUUUUACGGAUCUGUCCUAUGGCAUCAGGGAGCAUCGCUGUGCGCACAACCUAUCGAAACUGAUCAAACGGUGCUGGUAUUCAAUGGGGACGUAUUCCAGCCUAGGGAAGACGUGAGCAAGAGCGAUACAUUAUGGCUCCUAGAAAGAAUAGAGUCCUGCCGCAACGAGGCCGAUCUGUUCCAUCUCUUCGCUUGCCUGCGUGGUCCGUACAGUGUAAUUUUUCUAAGGAAGGAAGAAAACCGUCUUUACUUCGCUCGUGAUGCUGUUGGUAGAAAUUCUUUGCUCUUCGGGAGAACUCGCAACGGAAAUGUCUUCAUUUCAAGUGCUGGUGGAAACGCUGCUUCCAGUAUCGUCCACGAACUUCCACCGAAUGGAGUUUACUUUAUCGAUUUAGAUAUGGCAAGCGAACCGGAUUCGGUUACCCUCCUUCCUUGGACGGAUGAUUGUACGCAGCUAGAGCAGAUUUUCUGCAAUAAAAUAACGAUUCGACCCAAUGUUCAAUUAAAAGAUUAUCCAGUGCAAAUGGAUAGUUUUCAGCACCAUUUCAAUUUUCAUACCCUGCUUGCAAAUGAAUCAUCCACGGAAGGAGACAUUUUUGACCGUCUCCUCCGGCACCCUGAAAUUAAAAAUUUGUGCAAUCAAUUACUUUGUACUUUGCGCGAAUCAGUCUCGGAGCGCAUUGUCAACACCAGACAGCACUGUAAAAUGUGUUUAGAAACGCAAGAAGCUUGUUCCCAUGCCAAAAUCGGCGUAUUAUUUUCAGGAGGUAUAGACUGUACAAUUCUAGCUCUGUUGGCAGACGAAUUCGUACCGCCCAACUGUCCGAUCGAGCUGUUAAAUGUCGCGUUUGAAAAGGUAAACCGUUCGAAUGUAAAGCUGCCACAAAUUGACUGGAACGUACCUGAUCGAGUGACUGGACACGCUUCUCUGGACGAGUUGCGCCGUUUACGGCCAAAUCGGACAUGGCAGUUUGUAGAGAUAAAUGUUACACGGAGCGAAUUGAACGAGAAGAGAAACACUAUUGCCAAUCUCGUGUUUCCUCUACGGAAUGUUUUGGACGAAUCGUUGGGCGCUGCGCUAUGGUUUGCUUCGAAUGGAACUGGACAGAAAAACGGUGCAUCUUACAGCAGUACUUGUCGUGUUCUAUUGUUGGGAUCUGGUGCCGACGAGCUGUUUGGGGGAUACACUAGACACAAGGCUGCAUUCGAACGAAACAGCUCUGGUGCACCACCGGAAGAUUCAUACCGCAAAGCGUAUGCAGCGCUGGAAGAGGAAUUAAAUUUAGAUUGGAGGCGCUUGCCAAGCAGGAACUUGGCACGGGAUGAUCGAGUGAUAAGUGACAAUGGCGUGACACCUAGAGCUCCUUAUCUGCAAGAAGAUUUCAUCGCGUUGGUUCGUUCAUUGAAAGCUUACCAACGGUGUUACCAUCCGUUGGGGCCGGGGAUUGGCGACAAACUUAUGUUGCGAUUGUGUGCCUAUCAACUCGGUUUGACUCAAGCAUGUAUGUUACGGAAACGUGCUUUACAGUUCGGUUCGCGGAUAGCAGACCGAAAGCAAAAUGCAUCCGAUCGUUCGACUUAUUUGGAAGAUUGAUAAUGCUGAGCAGGGCAGUAGUUUAUCAUACCGCAUGAUUAUUCUUUACAAUAGAGGAAUAAAUCUACUGUUUGACCCAUUUUGAACUGUGCAUGGGAGAUAUAUUAA